CCAUAAAAAUCUUAGAUUUUUCAAGAUUCAAUUUCAGACCAGACAUUGAUAAAAGGUAUUCAAAACAUUAAAGAUAGCAAUGAUGGACUCCUUUGAAGCAUUUGUGAAUAAGAGCAAGUCAUUGGCAAAACUUCACUCUGCUUUUAGCAUAUUCUCAGGAAAUCAUUUCGGAGGAAAUGUAAAUUUUCAAAUAUCAGAAGACUGACAACAUCAACAAGGGAAGAUAAUGAAUUUAUUAUUGGAGAAGAAAGCAUUGAAGAGGGAGCGGCCGGAGUUACCGCCUUUCUUUCCGAUUGGACGGUUUCAUUCAGGUCUGGUCAAACUCAACGGUCAGUUGACUGCUUUCAGUUUCUGAAACUUGAAAGCGGUGCGGUGGAGCCACCGGCUGGGUGGGGGGAAAGCUCUGUCGUGUCGGGUCACUUCCACUGGCCACUUUGUCCCUCCUAGAUCUUUGAUUUGACGGCGACUGUCCAGUCCACCCCUCUCCUCCUUUGACUCCCCCCUGUCAAAUCCAAGAAUCAUAAUCUAAUCCAAUCCAAUCCAAGGAAUGCAAAGCAAUUUCGCUGUCAGAAGACGAGAAUGACUUCUCACUGUCAGUGAGGUCCGGUCACGCUCCGGCAGCUGAUUCCGAGAAUCUGAGUUUCGGGAUUUUCCUAACACAGACCGCCAUAAGAUCUUUUGUCAUCUCAACAAUCAUCAGUUGCUGUCGGAGUUGCUAUAAAGGCCAAAGGCCGCUUGCUCCACUUUGAGCUUUUUUUUGCUUUCCAGCUCCAGCUUCUUGAAUAUCAUAAAUCAUAUGGCGCGAAGAGGCACUGCCCUUAGGGCCCAGAGGAAGGCCAGGAGGGCCAGGAAGAAGAUCGAAGGCUGCAACUCGAAGCGCGCACCCGGUUCGAAGGAGGUGCAUGUUCUUGCUGUCGAUGAUAGCCUCGUCGACCGGAAAGUCAUCGAGCGGCUCCUGAAGAUCUCCUCCUGUAAAGUGACAGCAGUGGACAGCGGAAGAAGAGCCCUGCAGCUUCUAGGAAUGGAUGAGCAGAGCGGCCAUGCUGAUUCCGAUGGUCUGAAGGUGGAUUUGAUCAUCACUGAUUACUAUAUGCCCGGGAUGACCGGGUUCGAGUUGCUAAAGAAAAUAAAGGAAUCCUCUUCUCUACGGGAGAUACCAGUAGUUGUAAUGUCAUCGGAAAACACACUGGCUCGUGUGGACCGGUGUCUAGAGGGAGGAGCUGAGGAGUUUAUAGUGAAGCCUGUCAAAUUAUCCGACGUGAAGAGGCUGAGAAGUUACACAAACAGAGAAGUUCGAAACCAUUGCCGGCGAAUCCACAAGAGGAAGCACCAAGAAUUUCACCAAGAGGAUCCACAGCCACCGACACUGCCACCUUCCGAUCCUUUGAUUCCGGCAUCAGUAGCUGCUUCUUCAUGAGAUAUCCACAUUAUUCUCCCAAGGGUUUUGUUGCACUUUUUUUAAUUUAAUUUUCGGAUUCUUCUUUAGAUUAACCUAUUGCUACAGUGAUUGAUUGUCUGACUGAGAAAAGCAGUAAUCUCAAGUGUCCUUUUUUCCGGUCCUGAAA